UUAUUUGCUCUAACAAUCACGAGAAAUAUUUUGAAGCCCUGGAAAGUGAAAGUGAACAAAAUGUAACUGCUGAAGUUGUUACUUGUAACACAAUGACUUGUUUUGCAUUGUUAUUAGCACAUGGAGUAAUAUUACUGAAGCACAGGGUGGCUUGUAACUGACUGAAACACUAUAUAUAGAUAGUCAAGAUCAUUAGUUAUUAGCAUAGUGACAAUGUUACCAUGAAAACUACACAUACCAGCAGUACGAAUACGUACCUAUUAUUGUAUUACUAUUUACGAGUCGUUUUAGACUGAUACCAUUAAUAGUACUUUUCAGUUCUUAUCUAUUCUAUGUCAGUGAUGAAAGUGUCUUUCGUAGUCAGAGUCUUGAGCCUUCGAUUCGGGCCUUUCGAUUCUGACUUGAAUUCUUGAAUCGGCCAAAAUAGUGACCAGGGUYCGAAAGAAGUAGUUGUCACUCUAAUGCCCGGGUUUGCGACCGUUCGUUUUUCAAAUAGUUUAACUUUUUGUUAAAGUAGACCGUGCCUAAAGUUCUAAACGAAAGACGCAAGGCCAGUGCUUGUGGUUGGAGCUCAGGUCGCGCAACAUUUGAUAAUGGAUGUGGAGAAACAGAUUACCCGCCCACUACUAUUGGAAUCAAGCAGCAGUAACCGUGUCCAAAAACCGUCGCUGACGGCCAGGUUCAGACGCAGUUUCACACAAUGUGCCGGGGUAUUUUACUUCUGGUUUUUGAUUUUCCUGCUGAUAUCUCUUGUCGUGUUUUAUAUACCUCGGGUUUUCAUCUGUUGUAUAAAAUACAGGGUGUCAUCUUAUCAAUGCAACAAUUCUAUUGUCAUUGAACAUGACAUUGAACUGGAGAUGGUUUACUUAACGACACAAGACCUAAUGGAUCUGCUCUGCCUUGCUAUUCUAGUCAAGUGGCACCGUACUGCUGGUCUAAAGUCCAUAUUCCGGAAGUUAGUAAGGCUUCCAAAAUUCUGGAGUAUUGUGGUGAUGGUUGUCGUUUCUGGUUGUUAUAUGAGUAUAAUGGUGAACCGCACAGCACAUAUGAUAUCCACGAACCAAUACCUUGUAUUAUUCCUUUGUUGCGUUCAUUGUAUUUGCAUGGCACUGGUUGUUCCAGUACUUAACUACACCAGAAUCAAUUUAUUCUGUUCUGUCAAGAAGUACAGCAAAUUCAAUCAAAUUCUUAUAAAACUGACACUGUUUUUGCAGUUUGUGGUGAACGCCAGUAUGUUCUGGUUGGGUUUCUUACAACUGAGCUUCAAUGUGUCUGGUAUCGACAGCAAGGCUAAAGCAACAUCAGACGUYCACACUAUCUACUUGAUAUUGAGAGACUCGGCUGUUGUGCUGUUUCACUACACAGUACAAUCAUUUCUGUGGCACAAAUCAUUUGAAGAUGACAGAAACCUUCUGGGUUACAAGGAAAUUCUUGAAUAAUACCCGCCCGGCCCCUCAAAUAAACCUACAGACAGACAGACGGACCGAUUGACUAAUGACUGAGAGAAUGGAUGGAUGGAUCAGGAGAGGGAUAGAAGGAAGGAGAAAAGUUUAUAGACCCUUCGUUGAAGACCUCACUACACUAUAAAGAAGGAAAUUAAUGUGCUUGUUGGGAGAAUAAGAUCAUCAAGAAUAGAACUUUUAGUACUGAAAUAUUAAUGAUAUCAACUGCGAUGAUCAUGAGAAACGUGUACCGACAUAAAGACUUGGGCAGCGAGAUGAGCAGAUAAUCCAAACUAACUUUGUCGGGUGAUCGAUGUGUUGAUAGCAAUGAAAAGAGACCCUGACAAAACUAAAGGAUGUAAAUACGACAUGUUGGUACAGUCUAGAUUCACAAAGAAUCCGCAGAAAUGUAWACAAGAAGAAUUGGAUCUAACUUCACUGAAGAAGAUCCGCCUGGUCAAGGAUCGAAACGUCUGUAAAAAUGUUUCAAAACAAGUCAGAGACAAACAGUUCAAGUAUUGCCUAACAAUUGUAAUCAUAUUUUUUGUAACAUACUGAUAUUUGAAGGCCAUUAGAAUAAACAUCUUCACGGCCAUACGACAAGGUGCUCUCUUGAUGGAGUCAGGUGCAUUUGCUAAGUACUCGUUUUUUUUCUGGUAAUUCAAUACAAUACAAUACAAUACAAUACAAUUUUUAUUUGCUCAUACAAGAAAAUUUACAUGAAAUGUGAAAAACAACUAUAGAAAACAACUAAGAAAAUAAAGAAUAGAUAAUUGUCAAAAGAACAUAAUUCAGAGCCUGGGGUCUAAAUUAACCAUAAGGUUUUCGAGUUAGACCCCAGCAAUUUAAAAUUUAACAUUGGAGUAAACUGAAGAAGAACCAAGUACAUAAAAAAUAAUUACAAUUUAACUGAACAAUAAAACUGUUAAUC